GCUGGGAAGCGGCGCCAUAUUGGCGUCGGCCGCGCUGUAUUGUCAUAAAUAGAGCCGGUUUUGUGGUGUUUUCACUACUCGGUUGGAUGCCUCGGCCGUAGUGAGUGAGAAAGUGAGCGAGCAAGCGAGCUACAAGCGACCGGAGGAAAGUGGACAGGAGGAGAAGGGAAGAGCAAGAACUUGACUCCAGAGCGAAAGAUACUCGGCAGUAAGGGAGACGCAGGAAGCGAUGAAAGAGAUGUCUGCAAACACGAUGCUGGACAGCCAGCGUCAACAAAAGCAUUAUGGAAUCACUUCUCCAAUUAGUUUGGCAUGUCCGAAAGAAAUUGAUCAUAUUUAUACACAGAAAUUAAUUGAUGCCAUGAAACCAUUUGGAGUAUUUGAAGAUGAGGAAGAACUGAACCACAGGUUGGUGGUACUUGGUAAAUUGAACAAUUUAGUAAAAGAAUGGAUUUCUGAUGUCAGUGAGAGUAAGAAUCUCCCACCUUCUGUUGUGGCUACUGUUGGCGGUAAAAUUUUCACAUUUGGCUCCUAUAGGCUUGGAGUACACACUAAAGGAGCUGAUAUUGAUGCACUUUGUGUAGCUCCAAGACAUGUGGAGAGAUCUGAUUUUUUUCAGUCUUUUUUUGAGAAAUUGAAACAUCAAGAUGGCAUUAGAAACUUAAGAGCUGUAGAAGAUGCCUUUGUACCUGUUAUAAAAUUUGAAUUUGAUGGAAUUGAAAUUGAUCUAGUCUUUGCAAGACUGGCAAUACAAACCAUAUCAGAUAAUUUAGAUCUGAGAGACGACUCUCGACUGAGAAGCCUUGAUAUAAGGUGUAUUCGCAGCCUAAAUGGAUGUAGAGUUACUGAUGAAAUUUUGCAUUUAGUGCCAAAUAAAGAAACUUUUAGACUCACCCUAAGAGCAGUCAAGUUAUGGGCAAAACGACGUGGUAUUUAUUCCAACAUGCUGGGAUUCCUUGGUGGUGUCUCAUGGGCAAUGCUAGUUGCAAGAACUUGCCAAUUAUAUCCAAAUGCAGCAGCUUCUACUUUAGUUCAUAAGUUCUUUUUAGUUUUUUCCAAGUGGGAAUGGCCAAAUCCUGUUCUGCUGAAACAACCGGAAGAAAGCAAUUUGAAUUUGCCUGUUUGGGAUCCUCGGGUAAAUCCAUCAGAUAGGUAUCAUCUCAUGCCCAUAAUCACCCCUGCCUACCCACAGCAGAAUUCUACGUAUAAUGUGUCUACUUCAACUCGAACAGUAAUGGUAGAAGAAUUUAAACAAGGCCUUGCAGUCACAGAUGAAAUUCUUCAAGGGAAAUCAGACUGGUCCAAACUACUUGAACCACCAAAUUUUUUCCAAAAGUAUAGACAUUAUAUAGUAUUGACUGCCAGCGCAUCAACAGAAGAAAACCAUCUAGAGUGGGUUGGAUUAGUAGAAUCAAAAAUCCGUGUGCUUGUUGGAAACUUGGAACGGAAUGAGUUUAUUACUCUUGCCCAUGUAAAUCCCCAGUCAUUCCCAGGAAAUAAGGAACAUCAUAAAGACAACAAUUAUGUAUCGAUGUGGUUCCUUGGAAUAAUUUUUCGGAGAGUAGAAAAUGCAGAAAGUGUUAACAUAGAUUUGACCUAUGAUAUACAGUCGUUUACCGACACAGUGUACAGACAGGCAAACAAUAUAAACAUGCUAAAGGAAGGGAUGAAAAUUGAAGCAACUCAUGUUAAAAAAAAGCAACUUCAUCACUACCUUCCAGCAGAGAUUCUUCAAAAGAAGAAAAAGCAAAGUCUUUCUGAUGUCAGUCGAAGUUCAGGUGGACCUCAAUCCAAAAGAUCAUCUCUGGAUAGCAAUUGUUUGGAUAGCUCCAGAGACACUGAUAAUGGAACUCCUUUUAAUUCCCCAGUGUCUGCAAGCAAACCAUCCAAGCCUGACAUUUCUCCUUCAGGAGAAACAGAAAGGAAUAAUACUGAGCCUGCUGCUGUAAUUGCGGAAAAGCCACUGAGUGUCCCACAAGCCCAAGGACUGUCUAUCCCAGUCAUUGGUGCAAAAGUCGACUCUGCAGUAAAAGCCGUAUCGCCCCCAGCUGUGUGUACCAUUCCUACUGUAGUCGGACGAAAUGUCAUUCCUAGAAUACCAACACCCCACACCCCUGCCCAGGGACAGCCGCAUCUUAAUGGAAUGUCAAACAUAACUAAGAAUGUUGCACACAAGAGGUCCCAUUCCCCAUCUAUAGAUGGGUCUUCUAAGAGGUUGAAAGAAAUAGAAAAGUUUAUUCGACUUGAAUCAACAUUUAAGGAAUCUCGUGCUCCCGAAGACAGAAAAAGAAAAGCAGUGGAUGCCCUUGGAGGAGAAUGUAUGCCUAUUCCAACUAUUGAUACAUCACGCAAAAAGAGACUACCCAGUAAAGAACUACCAGAUUCAUCAUCUCCAGUUCCAGCAAACAACAUCCGAGUCAUCAAAAAUUCCAUUCGACUGACCCUUAAUCGGUAAAAGCAGUGCCUCCUUACUUAAGUGAAUAUGCAAUCAUUUAGUGGCAUAGAUGCAGCCACUCUUUUUAAAAUAGAAGUGGCUGUUGCACAUAAAAUAAGAUGAAAGUUACAGUCAUCGGACUAACAACCUUGAAGUGGUUUUUGAACUCUCACACUUUGACCUGCAGAUGCCGUAGCAUUCUCUCAUUGAUUGCUACGCACGCUUCUGUGAGGAUCAUCUGCUGUCAAAUUGUCAUCCACAAUGUUAUGGCUUUGCGUUGGAGGUUUUACUGCCUUAACUUUCGAUGCUUGUUUCUCUGUUGUGGGAACCAGUUCUCAGCUCUUUGGACAUGGAUAAAACAAGUCCCCAAUUUUUUUUUUUAAGUCUUAUGUUGUAAUCAUUGUAUAGAACUGAAAAAGUUGAAAACAAAAAAAAAUUGUCUUGUAAUUUUCUAAAUGUUAACACAUUUACUUUAGCCUUGAAGCCACUUUGUGAAACCUGAGAUAAAUGAAUGUGAGGUAUCUUUUUUGCGUCCCUCAUUUGUGUAGAUGUACUUAUUGUCUAUUGUGUUGAUUUAAAUUAUUUUUUUUUCCAGAAUGGCACAUGGAAUAUUUAAAUUUUUAUUUUUUUGUGCCUUUCUGUCCAAAUGUUGCAUAGUUACCAAGGAGGAUUAGUCCAGUGAUUACAUAAGAGUUGGGCACCAUAUAAUUCUCUAUAUUUUGCCUCCCAUGGAGGCCUUCGAAAUGCAUCUUUAUUAAGAAUCAAAAUAUGACCAAGAUACUGAAAGUCAGUAUGUGAGCGGUGAGGUUGUUACACCUCCUAGCUCAUGCCGUUCUUGUUCGUUGGCUGGUAUUUUUACCGAAGAGCAACUCCUUCCAGCAUCAAUAAUGAGGUACUUUUGAGUACGGCAGACUUGUAUUCCUGAGGUGUAAAAUUAACUUGGCAUGAUAAUUCUUGACCAUUAUGUACCCCACAACUUCAAAUAGUUUCUUUAUGGACUAGGCAUGCAGAAAUAAGCAGUGGAUUUUACUGAAACCUAAAGGCAUUUUUUGAACGACAUUGUUACCAACCAUUAAUUGGCUCAGGACCUUUGUAAUUUUUAUUUAACUAUGAGUUGUCUUUUUUUACACUGCUUUUUUCAAUGCAUUUCUUAAUAUUUUUUAAGUUUCAUGAAUGCAUGCUCAGUUUAUUAAAAUCCAUAACCAUGUAAUUCUUGUAAUAUGUUGAUUCAGUGUUUUGUAAAUGAAGUCGUAUGUAUUUUCAGAGUAUUUUUGUAUGUACUGUAAGAUACCAUCUUUUCAAAGAGAAAACUUUAAAACCUUUACUGUC